AAAGAGAAAGAUACAGAUGUACAUAGAAAAGGUCAAAAAACUGUAGAGAAGAAAAAGAAGAAGGGACAAAAAGAAGAUUUUUCAGAUGAAAUUCCGAAAAAGAAAAAGCAAAAGAAAUCUCAAGAAAUUCAGCCUGAUAUCCCAGUGACGAACACAUUACCAGCACUACCAUUGUCUAUCACCCACCCUUCAGAUGUACUUGACAUGCCUGUGGACCCCAAUGAGCCAACAUAUUGCCUCUGUCACCAGGUCUCAUAUGGAGAGAUGAUUGGAUGUGAUAACCCUGAUUGUCCAAUAGAAUGGUUCCACUUUGCUUGUGUUGGACUGCAGGCUAAACCUAAAGGCAAAUGGUUCUGCCCAAAGUGUCAGAAUGACCGUAAGAAGAAAUAGAUCUUUCACAGCAUAUCUAGUCAUGGAAAAAAUAUAUAUAUAUAUAUGUAUGUAUGUAUGAGGUGCAUCAUCACUGAAGCAAUAUGAAGUGCAGUGUCUUAUCCAAAAGAGCCGUGCAAGUACGGAGACACGUUUAAAAAAACAUAUGCUUCAGAAAGAACAUAUACUGUACAUAUGGAUGUAUCAGUGUAUUUAAAGUUCUUAUAGCCAACAGAUGCACACAUUAAUCAUCCAAGGGAGCAUUACAGUCCUCAUGCAUGUUGGACAAUGUAACAUCUGUGUAUUAUGUCUGUAAAACACCCAAAUGUUUAUUUCAUUAAACAGAGUUUUGUACUUUAUGGAGCAUGUGUAUCAAUAUUUGAAAGAAUGCUUUUACUCAUAUAAGGGUUUGCCCCUUGUAAUGUUUAUGCCUCAGAGUUGUAUUGACCAUUGUGAACAUACAUGUCUACUGGCUUCAUAUAAAUAAGAUUCAUUAUAAAUUGAACUUGUUAGUAUUAUACAUCUUGAUUGUCAAGGUUUAAGUUACUCCAACUUCACCU